UCUUUCAAAUUGGACGCGAAAAGCGCGUUCGGGAAAUUAGUGAGCGAGUUAGAAAGUUGAGAAAGAGAGCGAGCUUAUGAAGAAAGCCCUAAAGUGCGGAAAGUGAUCGCUAAAUUGAAAUUAACAGUUACUUUUUAAAUUAAAACUAAUAAUAUAAUAGCAUAAUCAUCUACUGGUUAAGGUAGAAUUUCAAAUAAACAUACCUGGAUAUCACUACUAACUAUGCGAAAAUCUUGCAAAUAAAUCAUUGUUUGAUUCAAAAAACUAAUAACCUGAGAAAAAAUCAAUUAUUAUUUUAAUUUGUAUGAUAAAUUCAUACCGAAAUCCAUAUAAAUUUUAUUAAACAAAAGUCGCCAAAAGUGCCCAGUUUCCGAUCGCGUAGCUGACCUUCGAGACCGCCCUCCACCCACCACCCACCACGGUCACUCCCUUGCAUGUGAGACCCGUAAACGACCCUCUCCGGUCCCUGGUCGAUCCAAUGAAAAUGGAAGAUCCCACCAUAAACGACACGUACGUGCAGGAGUUCGAUCUGCACCACCUGGAAGUGGGCGUGAAUGGAGCUCAUGGCCAGGCCCACGGUGGCUCCGGCUCCCAGGUGGCCACCAUUGGUCAUGUGAAGCGCGAGGAUCACAGUCCGCCGCAACCGGUGGCAGUUAAAUGGACGACGAUCCACGGCGAGCCGACAAAUCCGGAGGACGAACCGGAAUCGCUGCCCCUUUCUGGGCCAGAGCCCGCCGGAGCCGUGGAGGUCUCCCCCUCGCCGCACAUCAAGCUGAGGUCCUUUUCGGGUCACCACCAGUGGCACAUGGACGAACGGCGACUGCAACCGCUGUCACCGCCGCCGGAGCAAUAUGGUCCGCUGCCUGGACAGGCCAUUUUGGUGAACACAUCCUCGGGAGCGGCGGCAGCUGGCGUUCCGGGCGGAGUGCCCUCAACGCCACCGGAAACGCCGCCCGUCGUGGGUUCGCCCACCGGCAGCAGCAGUUGUCCGGCCCAGACCUAUGCCCACCACUACGCCCGGACUCCGGGCAGUUCCGUAUCCGUAUCCGCAUCCGCCGCCGCCGCCGCAGCAGCUGCCUCCGCCGGCGCAGCCUCGGUGAGUGCCGGACUGAGCCACGACAUGAUGUGGCUGACCAACUCCAUACGGGCGGAGCAACAGCCGCUGGAUCUGCGACCCCUGGCCUACCCCGGAUCCCAGGAGGAGGCGGAGGAGUGGGACAGGCAGCGGGACUAUGCCCUGCAGGCGGCAGCAGCUCACCAUCAUCACCACGGACAGCCGCUGAUGCAGGCGCAACAUCAUCCACACGGACACGGAGGCCACCCGCAUCCGCAUCCGCACCAGGUGGUGCUGCAGCAGGGCAAAUACCCGCACCACCACCACCACCAUUUCCACAACCUCGACCUGGCACCCAUCAAUAUGCACUCGAAUUCGUACGGCAGUGGUGCCCCGGGUGCCCUCACGCCCACCUGUCUGCCCCAGGUGCCCAGCAAUGGGAGUGGCAGUAGCGGAGGAGGAGGCGGCGGCGGUGGUGGGAGUGGCAGUGGCGGUCCCGGCAGCGUGGGCGGCGGAUCAUGCGUGCUCACACGCGCUGCACUGCAGCCAUGCCGCCCACUGUCCGCCAGCUCGACCAGAUCCUCAAACAACAUGUCGCCCAGAACCUGUUCGGGUGCCUACAGCAAUGCCACGCUGGAGGAUUGCCUCAACGACGACAUGCUGACCACGUUGACGGUGAGGGAGCUGAACAAGAGGCUCCACGGCUGCCCACGCGAGGAGGUAGUGCGUCUGAAGCAGAAGAGGCGCACCCUGAAGAAUCGCGGCUAUGCCCAGAACUGCCGGUCCAAGCGACUCCAUCAGCGCCACGAACUGGAGAAGGCCAACCGGGUGCUCAACCAGGAUCUGCAUCGCCUGAAGGUGGAGUACUCGAGGGUCUGCCAGGAGCGGGAUGCGCUCAUGCAGCGCCUGCAGCGAGUGGGCGCCGGCAAUGGAGGAGGCGCCGGAGGAGCAGGUGCCGCCGGCGGCGAUAGCCAGAGCUCGCCGGAGUUCUACCUAUGACGCCAACUGGCGGUGGCCAGCGGCUCCUCCGCAUCCUCAUCAUCCGCCGCGCAGCAGCACCAGCAGCACCAUCUCCAUCAUCGGGGUCCGCAAUGGAAUCCCCAGCAGUUGGUCAACUAAAUGUAAAGCGUUGCGGGUGCAAGGUAUUCCCCCAAAGAGUUUGUUUCCAACGGCAGUUGGUCAUUUCCAGAGGUUUUCCCUAGACAUAAUUUAAAGUAAAUCAAUACAAUUCCAAGAAUGAUUUUAAAGAAUUUAGGUUCCUCUCAAAAGAAAGAAAUUUUCAAAAAAAUUGUUAUAGAAUUUUCAAUGGGUUAGAAACCAUAUUAUUGAACGUUAAUUUGUAUUCCCAAAAUCUAUGUUAUAUUUUCAAGUACCAAGAAUUUUUUUUAAGUUUCUCCAGAUUAUUAUUGUAUUGUUAACGAAAAAAUAGGUGUAUUUUCAAGAGCUUCUAUAUUUGAUUUAUAAUUUUGAUUUUAAGAGCAAUGCAUUCCCAUUACCACCACUGUUGAUAUUUAUUCACGCGAUUUACUAUGUUAAAAUCAUCUUUGAGUAGUUUAUUAUAUUAAGAAAAGUUUAACAUAGAUCUUAUUUCUUUCCACUUAUAUUCCUAUGCAUUCUCCCAUUUAUGUAAAAAUUAUUCAAAUUAUGCGGCAGUUUUUGAGGGAACUAUUUGGCGUUUGAUUUCCCUUGUAUUUAGAUUGCGACAAUAAAUUCCGAUUGAAUAUCAGUUUGAGAACUUCGAAAGUGAUCGAUUGAGAUUGAAAUAGAUAGGGAGAAAAGAGAGAGGAGAGAGUGCAUAUUUGGAUGGAACUUUUGCUGAUUAUCAGUCUGACUAAAGCAAAGAUCGAUUAUAAAUAAAAUUAAUUCGAACUCGUAUGUAUAAAGGACAAACAUUGUAUAAAUUGAAAGGAACAAAAACAAAACAAAGUAAACUAAAACUAGCAGCUUCUGAUUAACAAUCGCUACAUUAUUACAAAUUACGAGUUAGUAACACACGCUUAUUUGUUGAUUAGUUCUAGCCUUAGUUUCCCUACUAGUAUUAAGCGACAGCAGAAGCGAAUAAUAAUAUCAUAGAUGCGAUAGUUGUUCUUAGAGGCCGUGUUUCCGUUUCCGUUUCCGUUUUAGCCACACCCCCACUCCACCCCCUCAGUAAGCAAUAAAAUUACUAAAACUAAAGGUUGUAUUACGUUUAAAGACCGCAAACUUAAAGAACCGCACUCGAAGUCGAUGUUGUAUAAAGUGAAACUGAAACGAAACGAUGAGCAAAACUUAACUGAAGUAAACUAAACAAACAAGUCCUAUACAAUGUAAUAAGCACUGAGAACGAUAAUAUAAAAUGUAUAUACACCCACACACUUAUGAAUAAAAAGACGAUUCUGUACAUUUUAAGAUUUUUGGAAAGGAUUCAAAUUUCUGUCUUUGUGAACCUAGAAGAAAAAUGCGAAUACUGAAUACAACAAAUUUAAGAUAAAUUAAUAACUAAAAACAAUUGUGAGUAGUUGAUAAGUGUGCAUAAAACAAUUUAGUAAUAAAUAAAUCUAAAUUAAAGCAUAAA